UGUUGUUUAUGUUUGAUUUCAUUAAAAUUUUUUAAAACCAUGUUAUAGUAGGGACACUGUUAAAAAAUUAUCAAUUAGUUCCAAUAAUUGCAAAAAACUAAUUUCAGCGCAGAUUGGCAUUUGAAAACACUUCUUCCAAUUAAAACAGUUGUUAUUUUGCCUUAAAAUUGUUCACAACUAAAAUAAAUCGUUUUCGAUUUCGAAAAGAUUACAGAUUUUUUCAAUAAUGGAAUCGGUAAAACAUUAUGAAUUGGGCAUAUUUAUCGGAGUACUUUAUGUAUUUGUCUAUGCUGUUGGUUUUUUAAAUUUAAUUGCUACAUUUAUAUUUGAAACCAACUCCGAUGAACUAACAGAUUCUAGAGAUGUCCACUAUAUAACUUAUUAUAAAAUAUUUUUGUUAAUGUACUCUUUGGUCAUGAUUAUUAUGUCGAUUAACUUAAUUAGAGGCAUUAUUAAGAAAUCGAUUUAUUUGAUUAACUCUUGGUUAGUGAUGUGUUUUUGUGUAAUCAUUUAUCACACGUUAUGGCUAUUAAAUCAAGUAUUAUUUUUUAUGGCUUACGGUUAUGUUAUAUAUACUGUUUGGGUAUUAUUGGGAAUUGGAAUUUUAUUAGUUUUACAAAUUGUUUUCUUUAAGAAAAUUUUGAAAUUUUGUUUGGAUUUAUAUAGAAAAAAAAUUUCACAUCAACAACAAACUGUCGCCAUUCAAAAUUCUACUUUAAAAUUUCAAAAUUAUCUUAGAAAUUUGAAACAAAAUGAUUCGUCCAUAUUAAUGCCAAUAACUGAGGAGGAAUUGAAAAAACAAUAUUCAAAUUGUAGCAGUGAAAAUUUACAAAAAUUUGAAAUUUAAUUAAUAACAACAAUUUUGAAAAUGUUAAAAAAAAGUACAGACAAAUAUAUAAAAUGUUCUA